AGCUCCGAACAAACUUGAAUUCUGUAGAUCUCGCAUCCAUUCACGUCUUUAUCGAGCACCGACUUCUUAGAUAACCAGCUAGUCAGAGGGAUACACAAUUGGAUAUUAAGAUUGGACUAUAGUCUUUACGGACGGACCUCCGCGAGCAUCAAUAAUACAGCCGGAGCUCGCGACAAAACAGCUCUGAAGGUCCAUCAAGAAGGAUAACGUGCCUCUGAUUUGGGAAGAGAUCGUCUUCAAAGUUGGACAGGCGGGAGCGAGAACGACUGAGGCACAAGAAUGCAAUCGACCAGCUCGAGACAAUCGACCUUCAAGCGGAAUGCGCAUGUAGCGUAUUUCAGGCGGUGCUUACAGGCUAUGCCUAGCAAGGCUACCGAGGGGGAUGGGAACAGGAUGACGCUAGGCUAUUUCUGCGUCGGAGGACUGGAUCUUCUUGGGUAUUUCGAGGGUAUUUUGGAAGGAGGAGAAGAUGAAGCGAAGAGGAAGACUAGGGAAAGUUGGAUAGAGUGGGUUUGGGAGAUGCAAGACCCCAACGGUGGAUUUAGAGGUUCUUCAUAUAUGAACACCGAUAAGGCGGGACCUUCAACAUCGGCGGCGACAUCUUCGAACCCGGCUCACUUACCAUCGACGUAUACGGCCAUCCUCAUCCUGGGCAUCUUACGAGCAGACCUGUCCAGGCUGAACCGGAAAGGGUUAUGGGAAUUCGUCAACAGCUGUCAAGAACCGGACGGAUCAUAUGCAACGCUACCACUGAGCGCUACGCCUGACCGACCGAAACCCUCCUUCGAAUCCGAUGCUAGGAUGGUUUACUGCGCCUCAGUCAUCCGGGAUUGGAUCAGAUUGUCAGGACUCGAGUUGUCCGAGUUGGAACGUCGCACGAACGAGGAGGCCAUCGAGAAGACGAGAAGGUGGAUUGUAGCAUGCCAGACAUGGGAAGGCGGGUUCGGAGGACGUCCAGGAUUAGAAGCUCAAGGCGGGACCACAUAUUGCUGCGUCACGGCGGCCUCGUUACUAGGCUCAACUUCGUUCGACUCGGAAUCCGCUAGUCGCUGGCUAUCACAACGACAAGUAAGCGAUGGAGAGGGCGGAUUCCAAGGCAGACCCGGCAAGGACGAGGACGUGUGUUAUAGCUUUUGGUGCGGUGCGGCCAUGCGGGUCUUGACGGGACAAUCGAUGUUCGACGUCUCUGCCAACUCUCAAGCUCUACUCGGCGCACAAUCUCCAAUCGGCGGUUUCGGCAAGGCGGCUGGCGAGUUCCCAGAUCCGUUUCAUUCCUACUUAGCACUAGCAGCUUUGGCUAUGAAUGAGGAGAUCCUCAUCAACGAAAGCGAGUCGGGAUCAGAAAGCACGAGACUAGGUCUGCAACCUCUAGACCCGGUUUGGAACGUGACGAAGCAGACUCGGGCAUACUUGGAGUGCGCUUUAGCACGUCUAUAAUGUUGACAAGAAGCGGGAUUCGACGUAUCGCUCCUUUCUUUUACGACGGGCUACGAGUUAUCAAUGCUCCAAUACGUUUCUUACGACGAUGCAUCAUCUAGAGAUGUGUACAUAAUAUAGGGCUAGCCUGGCAGCGGGAAACUCGCUUUGCGUAGGGCUUCGAAUUUUUUAUGCAGCCACUAUGCUUACCAGGCGCACGAAUAGGGAAGCUGCCGAGAUCUGCAGCUGACAUACUUGCAAUAUGCGGCGGUCUGGCUAGGUUGAAUUCUUUCGCUUAGUCCUAAACUUAUAUAGGUAGUCCGGUAGUCCCCAAUGUACCGAGUUGCCGCGCUGAGUUUACCAAGAUUCUGUUGAUGUAUGACAGAAGAUGAAACCCGCUAAUGAUAAGGCCUUC